AUGGCACUGUGCUCACGCUGCCUCGCUAUCCCAUUCGGUAUCCUCCCCGAUCAUCCUCCCGUGGGUAGUUUCUAUCGCCUGUUCGACGAAAGUGAACUUCCUUCCAUAUCGUGUGAAUAUGAACAACAACAGCCGUUGGGAUAUCCAUGGCACACCGAUCUAGACUCACUGGCGGCGUCUGUGUCCGCAUGUGUUCUCUGUGCUACUAUCCAUCAAGGGUUUCAAGUGUGGCUGAGCCACUUUGAGCGUGGCCAGAAGAAGCAAUUCUAUGUCGAGUUCCAGGAUACAUAUGAUGAAUCCGUACCAAGCGGGGAAAGGUUAUGGUUAACGAAGCGCCCUAGCCAAAGUCCUGGGCUCAGUGUACUUGCGAAGGACCCCAAAAAGCGUCGCAAGUUUUAUGUCCUUGCAGUUGUGGCAUUCAGUGUUGAUGCAAGCAACCCGGCAGCCCAUGUUAUGCAACUGCGUCCACCGGAAUUAGACUCCGGCUCAGUGCACAGUCUCAAUAUUGCUGCAGAGUUCUUGAAAGCAUGUCGUGAUCAGCAUGAUGGCUGUCACGUCGAGGAAUCCCCAUUGCCGACUAGGGUUCUUGACACCGACCUCCCAGAUGGAAUGGUAAAACUCAUCGAGCCUCAUGGACAGUCUGGAAAAUAUGCUUGUCUUUCAUACUGUUGGGGCGGAGUUGAUAAUUUUAUCACCUCUCAGAGCACGAUUGACUCUAGGCGCUCGGGAUUUCAUGUUUCAGAGCUUCCAAAGACAUUGGGUGACGCCGUGAAGACGAUUCGGCAUCUCGGCAUUCGUUAUCUAUGGGUCGAUAGCCUUUGUAUCUGCCAGGACGACCCCCAGGAUUGGGCCCAAGAGUCAGCUCGAAUGGCCGACGUCUAUUCCAAUGCUUACCUUGUAAUUGCUGCAAAUCGCUCUGCCGACGCUUCUGGUGGCUGCUUCCAUUCCCGCACCGCCCAACCUUCAUGCGAAGUCGACCUCCCAGGUUACGCCGACAAUGUCCAUGUCAGAUGUGUACUUCUCAGCGAUGAAAUCGACUGGGAUCACGGGGGUUUCACUUCUGAACCCCUCUCAAAGAGAGCUUGGGGUUUACAGGAACGCGCUUUGGCUCGGCGCGUUCUGCAUUUCAAUUCUCGGCAACUAUACUAUGAAUGUGACAACGGUAUUGUGAGUGAGGACGGUAGCCGUCAGACUCGCCUGCAUGGUAAUCUUCCACGUCCGCAUCAGAAGAUAGUUCAGUCGGACAAGGAAAAUCUACAUACUCUAUGGUAUUCUCUGGUCUGGGAGUACGGGGAGCGUGACCUCACAUACGCAACUGACAAAUUACCGGCUAUGAGUGGCCUCGCCAGGGUGCUGUCAACGAGAAUUGGAGCUGACUAUGUAGCGGGAAUCUGGAGCGAUGCAUUGAUUGACGGCUUGGCUUGGCAGAGUCUCGACUCUGGGCAACCAGCUUUACAGGAUCCUUAUGUCGGUCCAAGCUGGAGUUGGGCGAGUUAUGGUGGCGUCGCCGCCAUAGGGCAUGGGCGGAGAUCCCGAUACAUUGACAUUGCGACAGUUCUAAACUGGAAAUUGGAACUGAAAUCCGAGGCGAACCCAUUUGGCGCAUUGUCCGGGGCGUCGCUACAGAUUCGUGGCCCGAUAGUUCCUCUCUUCGCGUCGGAAGAUACAGAUGAAGAUGCCGUCAAACGCGAAAGGGCCGGGCUUCCUCCAUCAGUGCGGGGCACAACCUCGGACGUAGAGGACGCCGAGUCUUCUGAGUAUAUAUUCUUUGAUUACGAAGAAGUCCCCAGAUCAGGGACAUGGAGAAAUAUGAGCAUGAAAGUCUUGUUACUGGCCACCCUCGUGGCAGAAAAUGGGAACGAUGAGGACAAAGAUGAGGAAACAGAGCCAGACCCAUCAGUAUUUGGCUUGGUGGUAAUCGAUGCAGGUGCUCCAACCGCAAACGAAAUGCAAAGGAUUGGUUGGAUGUUUUUACCCGCAAAAGAGGCUGAUAGAAUACAAGAAGACGAAGCCAAUUGGCGGACUACUAACCUGAUAUGA